CCUCUGCAAAAUCUCCUUUUGCCAUCUUGUAUCUAGCACACGUAUAAAUACAGUACUUAACUUUAGUUUUGGCAAUCAAAAUAUUCAUCUUGUUUCUUUGGUGUAAUCAUGCAAUCGGCGCGUUUAAUUCUGUGCAGCAGCAUUAAUAUGAUGCUUAAAAUGUAUAUGCAUGUACAGUAUCUAACAACUUUGUAACGAAGUACAGUAGAUUGGCAACAUACAGUAGUCUCACGUAUGCACUGCCUGCAAUGAACGUGGCAGGCCGCUAGGGGCAGUGUUGUACCCCGCACCUUCAGUUGAAAGCUUCCUGGUUGUUGCUCGCUUCACACCAGCAGUCUCGGGACUCUGAGCAAUGCACUCUGCAGUCAGUGCACAGAACUGAUCUCUACGCAGGAUCCCUGUGCCCAGGCUGGGUGACUCUUCACUGAUUACUAAAGGACGGAAAAGGACUGCGCCUACUGCUAAUCUAGUGCCUGCCCUUGGGAGGGGUGCAGAAACUUUCGGAGCCACACUAGUGUGAGACUGGCUGCAAACACUGACUGAGGUCUAGGCUGAUCCCCCAUGCAGGUCAGUACUCUCUGGGAGUCCUGGCGAUGGGCAGAGGAAGACUGGCUGCAGGUGCAGAGUGACCGAGACCUACAUCCCCAGUAAGGAGUGCUUUAAGUCUCGAUCUCCCCCUGCUACCAAGCCCCACCAGAGGUCUUUCCAGGUCUAUGGCUGGGACCAUGAGGUUCAGUGGUAAUCUGAAGCUGAAGAUCGGAGAAGCGGUGGGUCUGCAGCCCACCCGGUGGUCCCUGAGGCACUCCGUCUUUAAGAAGGGCUCAUCCUUACUGGACCCUUACAUCACUAUCAAUGUGGAUGAGUGCGCCAUCGGGAAGACCACCGUCAAGCACCGGACUAAUAAGCCCACCUACAAUGAGGAGUUCUGUGUGACUAUCUGUGAGGGGAGCAAGAUGGAGCUGGCUGUCUUCCAUGGGACCCCUAUAGGGUACGAUGACUUUGUGGCCAACUGCAACCUCAGCUUUCAGGACCUCCUCAGGAACUGCGGACCAUCAGACUCCUUUGAAGGCUGGAUUGAUUUAGAACCAGAGGGCAAAGUAUUUGUUGCCAUGACGCUGAUGGGUAGUUUUACAGAAGGAACAAUGCGGGAUGGACGGCUGCUUAGGCACUUUACAAGGAAACGCCAUAGGGCUAUGAGACGGAGGGUGCACCAAGUGAAUGGACACAAGUUUAUGGCAACUUAUCUCCGGCAACCAACAUACUGCUCACACUGCAAAGAUUUCAUCUGGGGAGUGUUUGGCAAGCAGGGAUAUCAGUGUCAAGUUUGCACGUGCGUGGUUCACAAGCGCUGCCACCAGCUGAUUGUCACAGCCUGCACCUGCAUGAACAACUCGGCCAAAGUGGAAAAAAAGAUCUUUGAACAACGGUUUGGUAUCAAUUUACCUCACAAAUUCCGUUAUCACAAUUACAAAGUGCCAACAUUUUGUGACCAUUGUGGAUCUCUGUUAUGGGGGCUGUUGAAGCAAGGACUACAAUGUAAAAUGUGCAAAAUGAACGUACACAAGCGUUGUGAAGCAAACGUGGCACAUAACUGCGGAGUGAAUUCAGUGGAGUUAGCAAAUGCUUUGGCGGGGAUGGGGCUACAGCCUGGGAAUAUUGCCGUCACACGGAAUUCAGACCAGAGCCUGGUCAGAUCAGAGAACGGCACAGAAGAGGACUCUCUCUCCAACACGUCUUCGCAGUACAAAUUUGGGAUAGAGGAUUUCGCCUUUAUCCGUGUGCUGGGGAAAGGCAGUUUUGGAAAGGUGAUGCUCGCCAAAUCUAGAGACUCCGAUAGCCUGUACGCAGUGAAGGUGCUAAAGAAGGAUGUGAUUCUUCAGGAUGACGAUGUGGAAUGUACCAUGACCGAGAAGCGCAUUCUGUCCCUGGCGUGCAAUCACCCGUUCCUCACACAGCUCUUCUGCUGCUUCCAGACUCCUGACCGGUUAUUUUUCGUGAUGGAGUUUGUAAAUGGUGGAGACUUGAUGUUCCACAUCCAGAAGUCUCGGCGGUUUGAUGAAGCCCGCGCCUGCUUCUACAGCGCUGAAAUCACUUCUGCCCUCAUGUUUCUUCAUGACAAAGGAGUCAUUUAUAGAGAUCUGAAGCUGGACAACGUUUUGCUCGAUCAUGAAGGUCAUUGCAAGCUGGCUGACUUUGGGAUGUGCAAAGAGGGGAUUCGUGAAGGAUGUACAACUUCAACAUUCUGCGGGACACCUGAUUACAUUGCACCAGAGAUUUUACAAGAGAUGUUGUAUGGACCUCUGGUGGACUGGUGGGCUAUGGGUGUUCUUCUGUAUGAAAUGCUUUGUGGCCAUGCCCCCUUUGAAGCAGAGAAUGAGGAUGAUCUUUUUGAAGCUAUCUUGAAUGAUGAAGUUGCCUAUCCUGCCUGGCUCUCCCAGGAUGCCACGGGAAUUCUUCAGGCCUUCAUGAAGAAAAAGCCCAGUAAACGACUUGGAAGCCUGGCUCUGGGGGGAGAGAAGGCCAUCUUGUGGCAUCCAUUUUUUAAAGAUAUCAACUGGGAUCAGCUAAACAAAAAAGAAAUUGAACCUCCGUUUAGACCUAGGAUUAAAACCAGAGAAGAUGUGAGCAACUUUGACCCAGAGUUCAUUAAAGAGGAAGCCGUAUUAACCCCCAUUGAUGAGAAGCUUCUCCCAAUGAUUAAUCAGGAUGAGUUCAGAAACUUCUCUUACACUGCUCCAGACCCUUUGAACAUUUCACAGGAUGGAAAUGCCAGGAUGUUGCAAUAAGUAAAAUAUGACAGCAGCAGAGAACACAAGGGAAACGGCUGUUAUGUCUUGGUUGGCAUAAUGCAUUACUGCACUCAGAAGCUGAAUUAUUUAUAGUGCUGGUACUGUAUUGCCAUGCCCUGAAUUUUAAGCAUCUAUUGGUGUUUGAAAGCUGAAGGCUCCAUUUGACACAUAAAUGACUGUGGUGAAGAGGAUUUCUCAAGGAUUUUGCAGUCUUCGUCUUGCAAUCUGCAUCCCAAGUCUCACUCUCUACCAAACUAGCAAGAAGGUUUAAGAAGAUUUGUGCUUCCGACUGAAACUUCAGUCUCUGUUUAGAGCUGCAUCUGUGCUAGAUCAAACUAUAGUGCUCUGUCAGAAGGCAAAUUAGCGCAUCGCCAUGGAUGACACCUGAUAUUUAGGAAGGAGAAUUUAAAGGGCUUUUUUAAACAUUGUAGAAGAAUUGUUCAAUUUUCAUCCCAUAGGCAUUUUGUUACGCAGCUAUAGAUGCGGAUCUGACCUCUGGAAAAUUCCAGUAUAUGUAAAUGAACCUGAGGUUAUAGAUCACAAGAAGCUAAGCCAUACACAAUAAGGCAAUGAUAUGGUAGAUACCACAGUUACAAGCUGAAGUUCAGAGACGUUAUUUGAAUUACUGUAGUUACAGCCAGUCGUUAUUGUGGGAAGUGGCCAAGGUGGAGAAGCAGUUUUGCUCCAGAAUAAACGACAUAAACCUUCCGCCACAAGGUGGCGAAUAUGAACCGUUUGGUCAUACAAAUAUGCACCUAUAGGAGUAGUUACAUACGAGCACAAGACAGGUAUGCCAAGAGCAACCCAUGUGCUGUUUUCCGAUUCUUCAAUGCUUCUUUUCAUUUUUUUUUUAUAAGUUAUUUCUUUCUAAUAUUAUCACCAGAAACAAAACAGAAUUCCCAGUUAGAUUUUCUUGUAUUUUAAGGCCACCCAUGACUAAACAACAAUAUAUAGCAUAAGCAAACUAAGAUGUAAAAGUGUUUGCUAAACACACACUUGCUAAAUAAGCUAUAAAGUACUUAUAUGAUGGAGAACGCUCAACUACUUAAUUGGGGACAUACUGUACUUGAUUUACAUGUUGUAACGCAAACAUCCCAUUCCUUAUAAUAGGUAGGCUACUGAUCUGACGAUCUAGCAAUGACAGCACAGGCUGCUCCAUCUGUAGCUGCAAGUCAUUGUCUUACAAUAGAAAUGAUGGUAUAAAAGCAAUAUGCCUUUGUGUAUUUAGUAUAUAUUUUCCUAAAUGAAAUGAAAAUAACUUUUUAAACCUG